ACUGGGAAGCAAAAAACAAAACCACCCCGAAAUAUUAGUGGGCUGAGAGAGAGGCUAAGAAAAGGAUACGAAGGCGGAACACAGAGGAACGAGAGAGCUUGUGCUGCUGAGGGGUUGCUCCAUGGCGGCUACGGCUAGGGCUUUUCUUCUCUCUCGCGUCACCGACCCCUCGCUCAAACCUCACCACGCGCCUCUACCUCCAUUUUCCCGCCACCUCCUCGCUCGUCCCCUGCUACCUGCCUCCGCCGCCUUGAAGAGACGUCCGCCUGCACUCCUCUGCUGUCUGGUAUCUGGAGUCGACGGCGGAGGAGUCUCCGACGAUUUCGUCUCCACCAGGAAGUCCGGAUUCGACCGCGGAUUCUCGGUCAUCGCCAACAUGCUCAAGCGGAUUGAGCCUCUCGAUAAUUCCGUCAUUUCCAAGGGCGUUUCUGAUUCGGCCAGGGAUUCGAUGAAGCAGACCAUCUCCACAAUGCUAGGGUUGCUCCCGUCGGAUCAGUUCUCCGUCACUGUUAGAGUUUCGAAGCGUCCUCUUGAUCGCCUCCUCGCGUCUUCGAUUAUCACGGGGUAUACUCUAUGGAACGCUGAGUACCGAAUUUCAUUGAUGCGGAAUUUUGAUAUCUCUCCGGAUAGUUUAAAAAGGUCAAAUUGUUCGGAGCAGUGUGAGGUUUUGGAAUUGCAGAGCGAGGAGACCAAGUGCGGGGGUGGAGAGGUUGAUGUAAACGGGAGUAUUGAGGAUUGGGAGCCAUCUAGUGCUUGGAGUCUUGGGGAUUUACCUCCUGAGGCUUUGAACUAUAUUCAAAAAUUGGAAUCGGAGUUAUCAACUGCCAAGAAGGAAUUGGAUGCCCAGAAGCUGGAAAAUAUGCAAAUGGAAUAUGAGAAAGGAAAUAACAAUAAUUUGUUAGAGUAUUUACGGGGCUUGGAGUCUGAUAUGGUGAUUGAAUUAUCUAAACCAUCAUCAUUAGAGGUGGAAGAAAUUAUUCACCAAUUAGUUCAAAAUAUAUUGCAAAGAUUUUUCAAAAAUGAUCCUACCUCUGACUUCAUGGAAGAUUCAGCCUUAGGGAUUACAGGCAAUUACCAAGAUGGGAAUGGUGAAUCUUGUGAGACAAUAUGCACUUCCAGAGAUUAUCUAGCCAAGCUGCUUUUCUGGUGUAUGUUAUUGGGCCAUCACUUGCGAGGCUUGGAGAAUAGAUUGCAUUUAAGUUGUGUUGUUGGGUUGUUGUAAAGAGAAGAAUGUAGAAAGAGGCAUGUAAAUUCUUCUUUUUUUUUCUUUUUCUCUUUCAAUGCUUGUCUUUUUGUUUUCCCCCCUCAAUUUUAUCAUAUAUCAUUACAUGACUCACAUCUGAUUUUCAGUCCAAAUCUUUCAUUAGAAUUAAUUGAUUUAUGAUUAAAGGGAA